AUGGGCUAUAAAGAAGCUUAUCGCAACACGUUCCUAGUGGACGCGUUGGAAUACGCAGGAAUUGUCAAGCUAGACCCAAACUUCGUACAACAGCAGCCCACAGCGGCUGUGUCGGCGUCUUCUCAGACGUCCGAGAAAAAGGAUAGGACCUCCGUCGAGCGUGACCUGGAGGCCGCCGUCGAAGAAGCGGAGCAAAACGCGGAUCCCGCGGCCGCGGCGGCGGCCGCGGCGACCGCGGACUCCGCCGUUGUGUCGAGAUCGUCUUCCACGGAAGAGGACUUGGUCCUAGGAGAAAAGACCGUCGCAGAAGAAGAUAAUGAAAUUGACCCCUUCCUGGUCGACUGGAACGGUGACUCGGACCCAGAAAACCCGCUCAACUGGAGCGGCCGUAAAAAGGCAUUUGUCGUUGCCCAAAUGAUGCUUCUCACUACCACUACUUACAUGGGCGCUUCUAUCUACACACCGGGACAAGAACAACUCCAAAAGGAUUUCCACGUGGGUCACGUGGUCGGCACCCUCAACUUGUCGUUGUACGUUUUGGGCUACGGGUUAGGUCCCAUCAUUUUCUCUCCGCUAUCGGAAGUCGUCACCAUUGGACGUCAACCGCUAUACAUUGUCACAUUAUUCCUAUUCAUGCUAUUCCAGGUCGGAUCCGCCACUGUGCAGAACAUGGGCGGUUUGGCCGUGAUCCGGUUUAUUGCCGGUGUUGUGUGCUCGCCAUCUCUUGCCACUGGAGGUGCUACCAUGGGUGACAUAAUCAGCCCCGAGAUCGUCCCCGUUUUCAUCGGCCUUUGGGCCGUGGGCGCCGUGGCGGCGCCCGUUAUUGCGCCCCUACUGGGAGCCGCCAUGGUGGUGGCCAAAGACUGGCGCUGGGUGUUCUGGCUACUGAUGUUUAUCAGCGCCUUUACGCUAAUUCUGCUUGUGGCAUUUUUCCCCGAGACUCAGCAUAACAACAUUCUACACAGACGCGCUAAGCGGCUACGGAAGCAGACCGGAGAUAGCCGCUACUACACCCGCCAAGAACGCGUAGACUCGGAGAUAGAGGUGCGCGCUUUUUUGAAGGAGCUGUUUGUACGGCCUUUCCUGGUUAUGCUGAAGGAGCCUGCCGUGCUGGCUUUUGACUUGUACAUCGCCUUGUGCUACGGCGCCUUCUACCUGUUCUUCGAGGCCUUCCCUAUUGUGUUCAUCGGAAUCUACAACUUCACGCUGGUAGAGAUGGGUCUGGCUUACAUGGGCUUCUGCGUAGGAUGUGUGAUAGCGUAUGUGCUGUUACUAUGUUACCUGGCAAUGUACAUCGGGCCCAAGUUCAAAAACGGGACUUUCAAGCCAGAGGACUUUUUGCCGCUGGCCAUGAUGGUGUGUUGGUGUCUACCGCUAUCGCUGUUCCUGUUUGGCUGGACCGCCCGCGUGCACUGGAUUCUGCCCAUCAUUUCAGAGGUGUUUUUCGUGCUGGGCGUGUUCAACCUGUUCCAGGCCGCAUUUGCGUACCUGGCAAUCUGCUAUCCACGCUACAUGGCCUCAGUAUUCGCCAGUAACGGUUUCUGCCGUUCCGUGUUUGCAUGUGCUUUCCCUCUUUUCGGCCAAGCCAUGUACAACAACUUGGGAAGCGAAAAAUACCCAGUCGGAUGGGGGUCCUCGUUGGUCGGCUUUUUCUGCAUCGUCCUGGCCGUUAUUCCAUUCGCCUUCUACAAAUACGGCCCCACACUGCGUGGUAAGUCCGAAUACGCUAAUUAG